UGGGUUCUGUGAUGGGGCCGCGGGCUCGGGUGCCCGCGAACACAAACCCCCGUUACCAAAGGCCGAUUCUCAUAGCAGCAGUGUUGGUCUCCUAAGAAACGAGAGCUCUGGGGGUGGUGGAGAAGCUGAGCAGCCACAGCUCCACGGUGCCCCUUUGCAGUUCUCCCUUAGAACUUCGCGAUGCCUUCACAGUAUGAAGCAGAACAGCCUCCGUUUCCAGAUGUUCCUGAAUCAAAAUGUGCAUCCUCUGAUGGGGGUAUUUAUAUGGGUUCCGUUUCUCUUGAGGAGGUGUCUUUGGAGGCAGGAAUGAUGCAGCCGGCACAUAGGGAGCAAUUGUACUCAGGCCCUGGCGCUGAUCCUGUUGUGCAGCAGUCGCUGCCCUGCCCAGAACCACCCGACCCCAAGACCUGUUCUCCUCGAGAAUACUUGGAGUAUUACAUAUUUCCAGUACUCUUACCCGGCCUGGCUGAGCUGCUGCAUCAAGCAGAGAAGGAAAAGUGUUUUGAGAGAAAAAGGACCAAAUUUAUUGCCUGUGACUUCCUAACUGAGUGGUUAUACAACAAGAACCUGAAGAGGAAAGACAAGUCGUUCACAGAAUUCUUUUCCAUUCCUUUUGUUAGCGACUGGCUAAAGGACCAUCCUAGGCCACCAAUUCCUCUGUCUCUCCUUCUAUCAGAAGAAGAAGCAAGCCUAAUAAUUCAGUCCUUCUGGAGAGGUUAUCGGGUCCGCUGUGAUAGUGAAAUACAAGAGCUACGUCAGUGGCAAAAGCAGUUGAGAGAGGAAAGAAACAUUAAAAAAAGAGUGAAAGAAUUCUGGGCUAAGCAGGAAGCCAAAGUGGGAAGCAAGUUGGAAGACUCCGAAGAACAUGAAGAAAAUCACUGAGCAUCUUGGUUUUAACUCUCACCACUCCCACAAACGCCGCUCAUGGACUAAACUUUGUAGCACUGAGUUAGAAACAGUUUUACGUGUGAGAUGUUGUAAAUCAAAGGACCCAGCAUGCCCAGACAAAAUGCGGUCCGGGGUAAGUGAGCACAAUUCUGUUAGAACAGAUGGAAUUGUGCGCAUUUAGCCAAAAUUUUUGAGUCUGUGUUUAAUGUGCGUUCCUGACUGCUCCCUUGCAAGCUCUUCUGACGGGGACAAACCUCCGGAUGAAAUAAAUGGGGCUAAACACACAUGUAUGCAAGCGUUACACCUGAGGCAAAAAAAUCUUCAUUUAGUAUAAACCAGAGUAUCUUCAGCGAUGUGUGCGGAGCUGUGACGCAAAUCCCGGCUCCGCUCGUAACGGUCUGAGUUUCAGACACCCUGUGCCCCUGCAGUUCCAGCUGACGGCCACGAGAGCCAGAGUCGCUCUGCAGUUCUGCGCAGGAAAACAAGUCAAAGGCUCUUUUGUUAUCACUUCGCACAUGUGCUGAGAAAGUGUAAAAUAAAGAGCACAGUGACGGCAUUUUCAGCGAA